UCGAUAAUAUUUGGGCAAUUGAAAUUGAUUUCGAAACAAUAAUCAAACAUCUAUUCAAAGAUUUAAGCAAGAAAAAUCUUAUGGAUUUGAUUGUUGAACAUCAAUUAAAUGGUGGUAAAAAGAAAAUUAUUGUUGAAUAUUCAUCACCAAAUAUUGCAAAACCAUUUCAUGUUGGAAAUUUACGUUCAACAAUAAUUGGUAAUAGUAUUGCAAAUAUAUUGGAAUUUUAUGGAAAUAAUGUUAUACGAAUGAAUUAUCUUGGUGAUUGGGGUACACAAUUCGGUAUAUUAAGUCUUGCAUAUGAUCAAUUUGGUGAUCCAAACAAGCUACAAUGUGAACCAUUAAAACAUUUAUUCAAUGUUUAUGUUGAUGGUAAUCGAAAAUGUGAUUCGGAUAUUGAUUGGAGAAAUCAGGCUAAAAAUCGUUUCUAUCAAUUGGAAACAAAUGAUUCCAGAAUCUAUGAACAAUGGUAUGAAUUUCGUCGAUUAAGUAUUGAUGAAUUGGAAAAAUUAUAUAAAAGAUUAGGUAUUCAAUUUGAUCGAUAUGAAAGUGAAUCAAUGUAUAGUCAAUCAAUAAAUGAUAUAAUCCAGAUGAUUCAACAACAAAAAUUAAUCAAAAUUAUUGAUGGUGCAACAUGUAUCGAAAUUGAUGAUCCAAAUCAGAAGAAUAAAAAAUUAGCUAUACCAUUAUUGAAAAAUGAUGGUACAAGUCUUUAUCUAACUAGAGAUUUAGCCGCAGUUAUAAAUCGACAAAAACAUUAUAAUUUUGAUCAAAUGUAUUAUGUUGUCGAUAGUAGUCAAUCAAAACAUUUUAAUAAUUUGAAAAAUAUUUUUCAUUCAUUGAAUAAUCCUGUUUAUCGAAAUCUUGAACAUUUGAAAUUCGGACGAAUAUUAGGAAUGAGUACACGUAAAGGUGAAGCAAUUUUUCUUGAUGAUGUACUAAAUGAAGCUAAACAUCGUUCAUUGGAAGCAAUAAAAACUAGUCAAAACACAAAAAUUCCAAUUGAACAAUAUGAACCGAUUGCUGAUAUAUUGGGUGUUUCAGCUAUCAUUGUAAAUGAUUUAUCAAAUCGUCGUGUAUCUGAAUAUCGAUUCAAUUGGAAUCGUGCACUUCGAAUGAAUGGAAAUACAGGAAUUUCUUUACAAUAUACACAUGCAAGAUUAUGUAAUUUGAUUAAAAAAUCUACAAAUAACGAUGAUGAUUAUGAUGAUUAUCAAUGUUCAUCAUCAUCAUUAUCAUUGAAUUUGGCUGCUAUCGAUACUUUGGAAGGUCGAAGUCUAAUCAAUCAAUUAUUAAUGUUUGAUGAAAUAAUCGAUCAAUCUUAUGAUCAACUAGAACCAAGUAUAUUAACCAAUUAUAUGUUUGAUCUUAAAACGGCUAUAAAUCGUGCUAAUCAAGAAUUAACAAUCAAAGGACAACCGAAAUCAAUUCAACAAACACGUUUAUUAUUGUUUAUCUGUGCUAAAAAUGUACUAAAUCAAUGUAUGCGAUUAAUUGGUUUACAACCAUUAGAAUCAAUGUGAUAAU